AUGCGGCGUACGCAUCGAUCGUCGACUUUCAUCUUCACUCUCGCACGGUAUGAUUAUCUCCUGGGCCUCCGUGCGAUCUCCAAGACAUGGCUGGAGCGCGUGGACCGCCAGCUCGUGCGCCACAUUGCGCUGACAAUCCGGAUUGUGACGGUGGAUUGUUGGCAGCAGGAGAGCUUCAGCGCGACCACUGGUGAUGGGCACCGGGUCCCAUACGAAGGGUGGCAGGACAACACUCUCAUCGGGCACAUCGAGCAGCUCGACCUCCGCGGCGAGAAUACCGACAAAAGGCGUCUCGUGGCUGAAGCGCGUCCCGCGCGUCCGCGUCCGUCGCGACUGCAGAGUCCGCAUGGCGAGUGCGGCGUGGGCGCGCCCGCGGCCGCGGCCGACAAGCUCUUCGCCACGUCGUGCCCACCUCCUUACCACUCGUCUGCUCUUGACCCAGGGCCCAUGAUCGCCGUGCCGAGCGUCCACAAACUGUUCCGGGGUCGACAAGAGUACGGACUCCUCCCAUAG